AUGUACGUAAUAACGAGAAGCUGUGUCCUGAUUUUAUGGAUUCAAACGCUGGCGUUCGUGAGAAGUCAAGGUAAGCUCCUCUAAGGUUUACCAUUUAAUUUCUGGUUUUGCACUUUGUCAACGGAAACAACUCUGAGAGCAUUGCCAGCAUUGUCUGUAUUUGCAUUUAUUCCUCUUUUUCUUUGCUGCUUCACAGACUGCACACUUGAACAGUUUAUGCGCAGCAAUCUGUAUGACCAGAAUUUUGACACUUCUUCUCUGGAGGCCAGCUACGCCCCAGGGAGACAAAUAAGAGUGGGCUGCAUCGUGGGCUUCAGUGGCUUCUUUAAACUGAGCUGCAUCGAAGGAAAAUGGGAGUCGAAAGGAACAAAUUGUCAACGUAAGUUAUGACACUUUGCAUUACUUUCAAUAUAUUUUGGAUACUAGAUCAACUUUUGUCACAGGUGAUAAAUCAUAGGACAAAUGAAGAAGAAGUAGCAGGUUGUUGGUGAGCUAGCUGAAGCAUCCUGAGAGAUGAUUUAAUAUCGUACAUUUUCAAUAUUUACCUCCGCCAAGGAGAUUAUGUUUUCAGAAACGUUGGUUUGUUGUUUUGUUUUUUUUUGUUGACCUGAAAUUUUCACCAGAGGUGCAUCUCAGCCCCAGGAGGAUCCCUUUACAUUUUGGUGGUGAUCCAGACAAAAUUCUGAAUACUGUGAUCCAGAACACACAAAAAUAAGGGUGUCAUUGGAAUUUUCAAUGCUGAAAGAUAACCAAUGGGCGGCACAGUGGUGUAGUGGUUAGCACUGUCACCUCACAACCAGAAGAUCCUGGUCAAGGCAUUUCUUGUUUUAGGAAUAUUGUGAACAUACCAGUUUAAACACAAAUAAACGUUAAUAAAAGACACGUAACAGUAAAAGUUUUGGUGUGAAUCACAAUAUAAGGGAGGACAUGAGCUGCUUGGCGGAGGUCUGCGCUCUCCGAGUGCUUUUCUAGUUAUAAUCUAACAUUUUCUUGACUUCCUCUCAGGGUUGUUUCUGCUAAUAAUUCCCCCUUUAAUUCUUGUGUUUAAAGCGAGAUCAUGCGGUCAUCCCGGCGACGCCCAGUUUGCAGAUUUUCACCUGGUCCACGGAGACGACUUUGUGUUUGGGUCACAGGUUGUUUACACAUGCCACAAAGGGUAUGGAAAUAUGUUAUCUCAAAUCUAAACUCGAUACAGCAUCUUUGUUUAUCAGUGAGUUGGUAUCAAUUAUCUUCAUCGUGCUGUUUUCAGUUAUCAGAUGGUCAGUCGGAGCAGCACGCGAAACUGUAUGGCUAACGGCUGGAGCGGUGUUGUUCCUGUUUGUGAAGGUAUGAUCUGACAUUAGACGAUCUUGUACAGACUUCGCAUGCGGAUCUUUUUUCAAUUGAUGUCCCCUCUUCCAGCCCAGCAGUGCCCGGCGAUUUAUGUAGGCGAUAAAGUUCAGGUGAUCGGAGAUCCGGAAGAGGCGAUGUACGGAAACGUGCUUCGAUUCAGCUGCAAGUCCAGAUCACAGAUUCUGACAGGGUCGCAAGAGAUCUACUGCGACGAAAGCGGAAGUUGGAGCGACAAGGCUCCAGAAUGUAAAGGUGAAACCAGCUGUCUGAAAAACAUCCAAAUACAUAAGUAUUAAAAACAACAGCUAGCUACUACCAAUAGUUCCCAAACAACUAAUGAGUACCAACAAAAGUAACUACCACCUGGUCUUUACGUGACGUCCUACCAUCCAACUGAAUAUCAGGAGUUUGUCACAGUUUGGCUCCUCAAAUUGUCAGAUACUCAACACACCCUCUGUAAAAAAAACUCAACCUUAGACCUUAGACCAGGUUUUGGUUGGACUCAGGAGCACAUAUACAUUGUGCUAACAGUAUCUCAGAUUUUAGGGAUUCUCCUUUCAAACAAUUACAACCCAAUUUGAGGCUAAUUUAUUGUUUAUAGAACAUUGAAUACCAUUUUCUAUGAUGUUAAUUGCAGUUUUACCCCUCCCAUUCCCACCUAGUCUGUUAAAGCAGUGUCUAAAGUUUAUUUGCUUUUUCACGACCAAAUGGUAUCAUGUUAAAAAAAAAAAUGUGUGGAUUUCCCUACAGAGAUUGAAUGUCUGGUACCUGUGAUCACAAACGGAUACAUCACCAGGCAAAUGCCGUAUACAAAGAAAACGAUAUCCUGAGUUUUGCAUGUGACGCCGACUACAAAAAACAAACUGAAAUACCUUCAAAAUGUGUGAAACUUGGAACGACAGCUGAAUUCAACCCUCGGCCUUCCUGUCAACGUAAGUAUGAAUGAGAUGGUCAAUUAACGGUCGCAACGUUUCAGUCUGUUUCUUCAGAAAAAAAAAAGAAGUUUGUCCUUAUUUCCAAACGAAUGUAGCCAUAACAUGCGUCCUGAGUGGUUUGACUAUCGGGGGAGUCAGCUACAACCCGAACAAAAUGGUGUUCUCACCUGGAGAAACAGUCAGAGUCUCUUGUGGCGAAAGACACUUCGUUUCAACACCUCAGACCAGGUCAGCCACAGCUACAUGUGACAACAGAGGGAACUGGGAUUUUGAACCUGUUUGCAGAGGUGAAUGUAAAUAAAAAUCACGAUUACACAGUAGUCUGCUAGAGGCAAAUAUUGAGCUCUGUAUUAGUGCUGUGCUGAUGAUGAUGCCCUCCUGAUUUAAUUAUGGUCUUUUCUCUUAUUCCAGAGGUGACAUGCGAAACUUUUGGCCACAGACACGUGAUGUUCCAGAGGUACUAUCGGGAUAACACUAAAAGAUUGUAUGACACUGCAUACUAUAAUUGUGCGACAGGAUACAGAGCAACAGCUAACCAAGCCACGUGCACCAGAGAUGGAUGGACUCCAAAUCCUCUGUGUGAAAGUAAGCUAACGAGAAAUUUAUGGCACAAUUAUUAACUCUGAACUCUUGUCUGAGACAGUGGGAAAGGAGGUUUUGGGUUUAUAUUCAGAUGACUUUUUAUUUUACUUAGUUUUUCUACAAUUGGUUGUAGUCUAAAACGAAGGCAAUGACAGCCAAGGUGGGUGAAGGGCGCCGCUUUCAGGAUAACUCGACUGCCAUGUUCUGGCAAACUUUGCUGGCAAAGUUAGCGUACAUUUCCAUUACUGCCAGCAGUGCUACUGUGUCACAUUAUUGUGGUGUCCACUUGGUCGCCCUUUCUCUGUUGCGCAUCAUUAUCUCGCUGUUCAGUCAGACCUCUCUGUCUGCACUGAUUUCAUACAGCUGAAUUCAUUCCAAUCCCAUUCCUCUCUUGUCUCUUCUGGUGUUCCCCAGGGUUCUGUUCUGGGUCCCCUUCUCUUCCUUAUCCUCAUACCUCCUCUUGGUCAUAUCUACCGUAAAUUCAAUAUUAAUUUCUACUGCUUUGCGGAUGACACCCAGCUCGACCUUUUCACCAAACCCAACUCCGCCCUCUUUUCCUGUAAAACCAGAACCAAUGCCUAAAUCAACUCCAUCAUUUGGAGCUGUGUGUUGUGGUUUAAGUAAUCAUUUCAGAUGUAGUUUGCUGAUGGAGCCGCCUCUUUAGCCAAAUAUUCAACCAACAGAUCAUAGGUAUGUGUGUUUCCAGAGUUGGAAUUUUGCCUACGCACCAAGCAGGGACCUCUAAACUUGAGAACGUAGAAGUGCUAAAACUUGUAGUUCCACAAGUGUCCACUUGAGGCCGGUUGCAGAAGCACCAGAAACCACAAAAUACUGAGGCAAAAAAGACCAAUUUUUACAGCAAAAAUAAAUAUAUGAGCUAGGGUGACCAUAUGUCCUCUUUUACUCGUACAUGUCCUCUUUUUGGGAGGCUGUCCGGCUUUGUCCAGGAGAGUUUAUGGAAUCCUUCAGAUGUUAAGGGUUUUGAGUUUUUGCGCGUAGACUUUGAAGUGUGUAAAAAAACACUCAACCCGAUCGGAAAAACUCUCAAAAUUUACUACACGCAACUCUGCAACUCCGUACUCGCAUAGUCAUGUCCUCUUUUUGGGGAUUCAGAAUAUGGUCACCCUAGCAUAAGCCAACAGCUAACCUAAAGCACCAGGUCAUUUAGUCUAAAGCUUACUCCAGGAAUGUCUAUAAAUAGUCCUUCUAUCCUAAUUUGUUGCCUGUUCUCUGUUUAUUCUUCAACAGUGAUCACCACACUCAUACUUGUAGCAUCAAGAAUGAAUCAUAUUUGUAAUUUCUUUUUCUUAUUUUAUAGAAAAAACAUGCAGGAAACUCGAGAUCGAGAACACAGAAAUAAUCCAGACUGACAAGGAAAUAUUCAAGUACGGUGACAGGGUCACGUAUUCCUGCAAGAAUGGAUAUGAAGGACAGUUUACUUUGACAUGUAGAGCUGAGACCUAUCGACCAUGGGCUGGGGAAAAGAAUUGUAGAGGUAAGACAAAGGAGACAUCAUCUGUUUUGACAUGUAUGCAUUUCUCGUUUGUUUGUUUGUUUGUUUGUUUGUUUUUAACUCUGUGAUGAUUGUUUUCUUUCCUGAUAAAUGAAAAAGAGCUGUGAUACAAGUCUAUCUGACUGUUUUAAACCCAAACCAUUCAGUUUUUGGACUCCUUACAGCAAUCUUUACACUGAUAGAAUAAUGGGUCUCUGAUUUAGACUGUAGAUCUUCUCCAGCAAAAGGUCACAUUAGCCUAUAAUCCCCAUUACAUGGAGCUUUGGUGUAGAAAUACAGUUGGUGUGUCCUAAAUUUGAAACUUUGCUGGAUUAGAAGAAGAGCAAAUAAUUUGUGGAAUUACACAAUCAUAAAAUCACCUAACAGAAAAUAAAUACAACUUCUUUUUACCAAUUUUAUCAGUUUUUAGGUUUUAACUGCACAAGAUAAGAGUUGUAAACUGACAGAAUAAAGUCUUAAACUUUGUGAGCUAAAAGUCAGAUUUAUGAGAAUGUAGUGAUAGUUAUGAUAAUACAAACAUUUACUUACAAAAUGAAAGCUGUGAAUUAACAUGAAAAAAGUUGAAACAGUACACGGUCAAAGUUGUUAAUUUACGAGAAUAAAGCUCUAACUUUACAAGAUGAAAGCUGUUACUUUAACUUUAAAAGAUUAAAAUUGUAAAAUACAAAAAAACUUUCAACUUUGGGGAAUAAAAGUCACACAUUUGUGAGUUUAAGUUGUAAAAUUAUUGAGACUCAUAAUUUUGUGAGAACAAACUUUAAAAUUAGAAAGUAAAAAAGACACAAGUUUGAAUAUAUAGUCAUAACUUCACAAGACUGAAGUUUAAAUGAUGACAAUAAAGUUAAAACCUAAAUUUGUUUAAAAAAAAAAAAAAAACAUGCUUGGUUCAAAACACAGUAAAUUUACGCCUCAUUCUUUAGUGGUCCAAUGUGUCCACUUACUCCUUACUCUCUGUUGAUUAUUUGACUGUAACAAGACUUUGCUUUACAUUUGUCUUUCUUAACUGACUUUCUUGGAUACAGGACUUCUCAUAUUAAACAUGUUUUACUAAAAACACGUGGAGCUAAUGUGAAUUAUUCAACUGAAUCUGUUUCAGUGGCAGGGUGUGACAGAAUGGACAUCGCCAAUGCUGACAUCACUUCUUAUAAAAGAAACAAAUACGACCACAACGACAGAGUCGAAUAUACCUGCAGGGAUGACCCUCAAGUAUAUUUCACGGUUACCUGUCAGAAAGGUAACUGGAUUGGGGUCCAGAGCUGUACUGGUAAGAAUUUUGGAUUAAGACAGUUAUAACUAUAAAAAAAAGACAUAAUCUGCUUUCUUUGUUUGCCUUGUGUCACAUUGACUGACUUACACCACAGCACCGGCGAGGCAUGAAAAUAGAGCCCACUAUGUUAACAUACCAAUCAAAGCACUGCUAGCAGAGCACUGUUUUUGAGAUGAGAUGAAAUGAAAUUGAGUUGCAACUGACCGCAGGUCACGCCAUCUCCUGCGACUCAGUACAGGUAUUUUUGAAGUUUGAUAUUUCUUUCUUUUGUCUGAAUAUAACCCCUUUCUUUGUUCUUUUGUUGACAGGAUGCCCACAAAUUGACAUUCCUAAUGGAUUUUUUGUUGCUGUAAAUGCUACUCAAAAUGAUGAAAAACGGUACUACAGCUGCAAAGAAGGCUAUAAGCUUUCCACCGGGGGCUGGUGGGCAGAAGCCGAGUGUAUAAACGGACAAUGGAGUGGACUUCAAAAGUGCAUUGGUAAAUAAUCUUUGUCACCCUGCCGAUCUGGUUUAGAAAUGAAGAGACAUUUGUAGGUUUUUGAGUCUGAGACGUUUUUUUUAAGGGACCUGAAAUCAGUGUGAAACCACCAUAAAUAGCACCAGUUAGAGCAUCUCGACCCAUUUCUCUUUAACGUUUCAGAAAAUCUCCAAAUGGGGCAUUUUGACAAAUUUGGUGCCAGUUCAAAUUUUUUUUUAACAUUUCUUUAAAGCAAGCUUGAUGUUUUCACUUUCUGGAUGACACUUUUCUACUUUCCUGACAUUGUCCAGCAGCAAUAUACCGAUUUAAAACUUGUUACUAUUCCCCCAGAGAACAGUCAGUGUGGAGAGCCUCCCAAGAUUCUCAAUGGAGUCACCAGUUAUGUCACUCGUUCUACACAACAUGUAAGCGUUGAAUGUCAAAAGGGAUAUCGCGCCAAGGAUAGCUGGUUGACCUGCCAGGAUGGGGAAUGGGAUUUCCGUAGAUUCUCACCUGAGACCAUAUGUGCACGUGAGUCUCGUCAGUGUGUUCUACUCUUAAAUGAGAUGACAGACCUUAAAUCGGUGGUUUUCAUGUUAUUAUCUGUUUCAGCUGAAUUCGAGCCCUGCGGACCACCUGCUCGAGUUGAGAAUGCUGUGAUUGAGACGCCUUAUCUGAAGGAAUUCUUGUCUGGAUCCAGGGUGACGUAUAUAUGCCGUGCCAACUACAUAGCAAAGGGAGAAAACACGAUUCGGUGCUUGGAUGGUGAAUGGGACCAGCCGAGGAUCGUAUGUACACGUAAGUCGAGGUCAAAGAAGAUUCGGGUUUUAAAGGAGGGUGGAAAUUUAACAAUUCCAGAUCGGUGAUUGUGGGGUCAUGGCUGUUAGAAUUAGUUAAAUGCUAAAAUGCAAUGAACUCAGCUGUUACACAAGGGAUGCACAAUAUGGACUUUUAAGGUUUGACACCAAUAACCUAUCACCUGCUUCUAUUGGCUGAUACCAAUACCACCAUUGGUUUAUAUUUCUAAGAUUUUUCCGUUUAAGAAUCUAGAGUUUUUGCACACCUAGAGCAAAGAAGGGUGCAGAUUUAGUGGGCAAAGAUCGGUAAAUCUGAGUGCAAAGUUAUCCGUAUAACUACAAAGCAGCUACUAUAGAUGUAACUUGCACUUCAAAAUCUAUGCACAUGAAAAAGCGCACUGAUUUCUCACUUUAAAUAUGAAGUGUUUAUUUCACAGGUAGCUUUUUCUCACAUACAAAUGGGGGUAUUUUAUUUGGCACUGAGAGGGUGCACAGAGAAAUAACAGAAAUUGCGAUAUAAAGUUUAACAGAAUGUCGUCUGCAUAUUGUGCGAGUAUUCUGGUGGAGAUCACUUAUUCUUUAAUCCAUAUGGAAACUCUAGAAUUUUAUGACUGUAAACUGAAUGCAGAUUUUUCUCCCACAGCUCCUUCAGCACCCACAGUAUCUCCCACGGGACCCAUACCACUCACAGCACCCACAGUAUCUCCCACUCCCAAGCCCACAGCAAUCCCCGCUCCCCAGGAACAGUGA